AUGUCCGCAGUCCGUCACGUCCUCGUCAGUGGUGCUGGCAUAGCCGGACCCGUCCUAGCCUACUUCCUCGCCCAGGCCGGCAUCCGCGUCACGGUCCUCGAAAGGGCACCCGCUCUGCUUGCACAAGGUCAGAACAUCGACAUCAAAGGCAGCGCCAUCGUCAUCAUGCGCAAGAUGGGCUUGAUCGAUGAGCUCAAGCGCUACAACACGCUAGAAAAGGGCACGCACUUCGUCGACGACAAGGGCCGCUUCUUUGCGCGCAUGCCGGUUCAAGAGGGCCUUGCGACCAGUCCCACGCAGGAAUUCGAAAUUCUGAGAGGAGAUUUAGCCAAGCUACUCUUCGAGGCAACCAAGGACCAUCCUCUUAUCGACUACCGAUUUGGCAUCAUCAUCGAAAAGGUUCUGCAAAACGACGAGAAGCUCGUCAAAGUGCAGUUGAGCAACGGCGAGACUCUCGAAUCUGAUCUGCUGGUCGCGGCGGAUGGUCAAUGGUCGAAAAUUCGUCGCGACAACUUCCCUCAAGAAUGGCUGACGAUCAUCGACAAGAACAUGUACGGCAUCUACUUUACUGUGCCUCGCAAGCCCACAGACACGAAUUGGUGGACCGUGUACACGGCAAAAAAAUCUCGAGUUGUUAGCUCUAGACCUGACUCGCACGGCACGUACCGAGCCUUUCUCAGUCUCAUGCCUAGCAACGAGCAGCAGAAGAACGCUUGGCAGUCUGCGUCACGAGGCGAUCGACAAACGCAAGAGGAUUUGUGCAGAAAAGAAUUUGGGGAUGCUGGGUGGGAGGCUCAGCGCUUCCUGGACGCGAUGUCCGACGCCGAUGAUCUCUACUUCCAAGCGGUUCAGCAAAUCAGGCUCUCAAAGUGGUCCAAGGAUCGGAUCGUCUGCGUAGGCGAUUCUGCGUACGCGCCGACUCCGCUCUCUGGAAUGGGAACACCGCUCGCCAUCAACGGAGCCUACACCCUGGCAGGCGAGCUCGCUAACCUCAAAGAAGGCGCCCCGAUCACCACGGCUCUCGAAGAGUAUGAGAGGAAAUUCAGACCUUUCGUCGCAGAGUGUCAAGACAUUCCGUCUUUCAUUCCCAGCAUCAUGCACCCUUACGUCGCAUGGAAGAGAUCUCUACUCUGGAGCUUCGUGAGCGCGUUUGCUUUCUGCGCGCGCACGCCCCUCAUCAUCAAUAGAUUCGGAGGGGCAAAGAAAAACGACGACGAAGACUAUCCACUUCCAAAGUACGCCGCUUUUGAGGUAACAAAGGGCGACUAG